AUGAUGGUCCGAGACUUGCGGGUGGCCGGCAAGACGGGUAUGCUGAACGUGAUUCUGCUGUUUGCAUGUAAGUUCUGGAUUGGUUCUUUAGUGUUAGAUUGAUCUUUGAUACCAGUAUAAUAUAAAUUGAUAUCCGCAAAUCAAACCAACUCUAUGAUUUAGUUGUGGCCGGUUUGUGGGUGGUGAAUGUUAGCUAUUACUAUCAGAGGAGAGAAUAUUUGAUGGCUAUGGCCAAUCAUUUUCUCGCUACGGCAAAACGAAAUGAAAUUCCGGAGGUUCUGAUGAAUAUUUCAAGUGUUCAAAACGCUACACCAUUCCCAGCGUCCAAUGUAACCAUCAAAAAAGCUGAAGAAAAGAUGAUAAACGAAUUGGAAGAACUGCUGGAAGAUGUGAAUGCCACUUUCAAGAAUUAUCAAGUAAUUUACAAGAUGUCGAAGUCGAGUAACGAGAGCUUUUGUGAGGGCGCAGAUGCCGUUGUCUAUGUGAUGACGAUGGCAGAUGAGGGCUCUACAUUGCGACGACAAGCCAUGAGAGAGGUCGUUUUUAAUGCAGUAAGUACUUUUGGACGUGUCAUUUGCGUAAAUAAUAGAUUAGUCUUGUCCUAACUUGUUAAUAUUUUUCGCGGCUAUCCAUAAUUUCGGAAAACAUUUGCGUAAUAUGCAGAUGAAGUGGAGAGCCGUAAUACAGGGUCUUACAAAAAACGUGAAGGUUUCGCAACGUUUUGGCAAUUUCCUUCUUUGUUCUCGAUGUCAGCCUUAUCGAAAACCCCAAAAAAUCCGACAUUUCUCGGUGAUUUUGAACCGAAAAACACUGGUUUUCGGGGUAGGAAUGCACCUACUUCAGAGGGUCGUAGCGACCUCAGUUUGCACUUUAAAAUCUUGAUAUUUUGUAGACAAAAACUAAUGUCGCUUAAAAAUAUGUAUUCCGAAAACGAAGUCUCUGCGCCGCCUCCGCCGGAUGUUACAGCCUCCGACUUUCCUUCACUUUUUUUGUACUUUCCGGUGAUUUUUGGAAAAUCUGGGAAUGUUUUCAGAGAAAUGGAAUUCGCUCAGAGAAUGAAAUCAAAAUUCAUAGUUGGUGAGGAUUAUUUUUCCUAAAAAGUUUUGCGGAUCAUGACGAAACUCGGCAAAAAUAAGCACAUAAUCUUUUGAAUUAUGUGCGAGAUUUUUUAUUAUCGCUCGAAAAAUUUCACAUUUCCCAAAAAUCAUCGUAACUUUCAGGCCGAGAAUAAUCAAAAAUGGAUCACUUUUUGAGCGUUUCCAUAUGAUUACUCCCAGCAUUUCUGAUUUUUCAGACGAACCUCCCCGCCAACAUGACAAUACGACAUCGUUUUGUGAUGGGGAAAUUCCCAGCUCGUGCAGAUUAUCAGCAAAUUCUCCUGAAUGAGACCAGAGAGUACGACGAUAUUCUCUUUUACAAUGUGGACGAGCAUUACCGAGAAAACUACAUCAAAUGGCACACAAUGCACGCAUGGCACAUGAGACACUGUCCGAAUGUGAAGCAUUUCAUCAAAAUGGACGAUGAUACGGUGGCCGACUUUGAUCGGACUUUCAAAUGGAUCGAACGCAAGUUUGACGGGUUGUUGGAAGGGAAGGAGAAAUACUUUGUGUGCCAUCGGAUGAGGGGCUAUUCACCGGUCAGGGAUAGAAAGAAUGAAAGAUGGUAAGAGAUGGAUGAAAGCAAGUUCAAUUCGCCAAAAAAAAGACGCGGAAAAACGUUUUGUCGGAGAAGAAAUGGGGAAUUUUUAGGGCGAGAGAGUACGUUUUUGCGCGUCUUUUCUCUGACUUCUCUGUAAAAGCAAGACGAAAUGUAUUUAAAAAACCGAUAGCGAAGCGUCUAUUCCGAUCAUCGGACUCCUCAGUUUGACGUGCGCUUUUUAUUCGUUAAUCCUUUCCAGGUACAUCCCCGUGGAAGAGUUCGGCGAAUCCCAUUGGCCAGAUUACUGCUUUGGCUACUUUGUUCUCACCAACAAUGACACAAUAACGGACAUUAUGACAGCUCAGCAGAAUAUCAACCUAGUCCACAUGGACGAUUGUUUUCUCACCGGGAUUGUGCGAAGAGCCACUGAAGCCGAUGUCUACGACUUCUAUGGGGUUAGAAGCGGGAUCUCGCGGCCCAGGUGCUCCAAGGAUCGGGAAUUACCUUACAUGAUGACCCUGACCAACGCCAAAACAGCGGAGUCAGUGAGGAGCAAAUUGAGUACGAUUAAGAAGAGGAAUUGCAAAGGAAUGUAG